AUGUCGAGUACUACCUGUGUGGCCCGGGUAGCUUAUCUGGCUUCGGAUAUCAUCGUAGAUUCCCAACCUAUCCUUCCGUCAACCUCACAAUUCGCGAAAGAAUAUAGCUCACUCUCUGCAACUUCCAGUCGACGUCCGACAAUCUUGUCGGUGCCCCUAGGCGGUGACCCAGGGUCGACAUUAAUCAGAAACGGAUCGGCUGCUGGACUCAUCUCGUUUACCUCUUCAGCAGCAGCACAGACCGUAACCAGGCUCGUCCUGGAUGCUGCUGAACUUUCUUCACUUCCCCUUGUCUUGCAUCUUGCCGUGACAAAUGACUUGUCCGAAGUCCUUCUGCUCCAUUCUGCCCUCCCUUUCUUCUUCGUCUCCAGAACCCCCCAACAAGCACACGAUAACUCACUCCUGGCAUCUCGGUUGGCACGUACGGAGAAGGCAGUCGUGCAUGUCUUUUAUGAUGCAAAAAAUAGUCCAGUGGAGGUAAUACCGGAGAGUGAGGUGCAGCCUUUCCUUCUCUCGGAGAAGCUUGCGUCAACCAAUGGAGGGAAUGGGCACAACGGAGUGAAUGUAUCCCCUGGCUCAGAACUUUUCAAGCUUUACGAGCGCGCAGCGCUUUCUACGGUCGUUCGCAUUCGUCGCGCAUGCCCCCCACUAUCUGUGCAUGGUUCUGGCGAACCCCACACUAUCAUCUUUGGGUUGGGCGAUAUUCCUUUUGCAGACAUUGACGGAGUGUCAGUUGUCUCAUUCAGCUUGCUCACUCCCCUACUCCCCUCCCGCAUACUCGAUGUCAUUCCACCAUCUGUAUCACGUGUCAUCAUUCUCGAGCAACUCCACCGCUGGAACACGAAAUGGACACCUUUGUACCUUGAACUUGUCAAUAUAAUUCACCAGCAGGAUGUAGAUCAGCGACCCCACAUCCAGAGCGUUUACUUCAGCGACCCUGCCCAAGUGACUCCCCUUGCAAUUUUGAAGCUUCUCCAAGCAGCUCCCUCUUCUGCUCCAAUUCAACUUGGAGGCAUCAGCGCUUCCUCAAAUCUUUUGCUGGAAGUGCCACACGUACCCAAACACGAGUCAUCUUAUACGAAGAUCUUGUCUCACGUCUUUGGCGAACGUUUCGAAGUUUCCAAUUCGCCUGAUUUAGUGCUUAAACAAGGUGCUAUUGCCACCAGUCCGGAGUUUGCAGUGGGCCGCGUUCGAGGACAACUCGAUCAACGAAAUGAACUCAUUCGCUCUGUGCAGAAGCUAUUGGAGAUCAAGGAAGUCACCCCCGAGCUGCAUAAACUUUGUAGCCAGUGGGUCCUUGUCAGGGACGACGAUAGCAAGAGUCGCUCAGUGGGAAAAGAACUCAUCACCGCUCUCGAGUCUUCAAAGUUCUCGAGUCCUAUCAUCGACCGCAUUCUUUCACUCCGUUCACACUUCCCUACACGCUCAAGAUGGAUCAUUGGCUCAGACGCCUGGUCCUAUGAUCUUGGCGCCUCUGGUCUGCACCACGCCAUCGCAUCCGACGCUGGUCUGUACGCAAUGAACCACGGCAAUGUCUAUGUAGCGAUACUGCAAGCAGUCAUGGAGGCGGACAGGCACAAAGGCCCCAGUGUCGUGCUCGCAUACCUGCCUUAUCAAAAUGAGGAUGCACCAGCACUUGAGGUUUUGAAGGAGACCAAGCUCGCUGUCGACGCUGGGUACUGGCCUCUUUACCGUUGGGACCCUGUGAAGGAAGCGCAAGGCAAAGAGCCAUUUGCGCUCGACUCGGACGCCGUGAAGAAUGACCUCCAGCAGUUCCUUGACAGGCAGAACCAUUUGUCGCAACUCGUGCGCUCUAAGCCCGAGCUUGCCACGGAACUGGUGAGCAGCUUGGGCGAGAAUGUGAAGGAGGCGAGGAAGAGGAAGGCACAACAAGCAUAUGAUGACUUGGUUGUCUCGCUUGAUGCGCCACCGUUGGUAGUGCUGUAUGCAUCGGAUGGUGGCACUGCAGAGAAGUUUGCGAAGCGACUGGCUAACCGCGGUAAAGCCAGAGGCUUGUCAACGUCCAUUGGUACCAUCGACUCUAUGUCCAUCGAUACCCUCUCUCAAGAGGAAUAUGUGGCCUUCGUCACAUCUGUAGCAGGCCAAGGUGAACCCCCACAAAAUGGUCGGACUUUGUUUAAAGCACUCAACGCUGCUGCUCUUCGUGGAGAGAAGCCUUUCUCGAAGCUUCGAUACUCGGUCUUCGCCCUUGGUGACAGCCACUACUGGCCACGCCCAGAAGAUGCUCACUACUAUAACAAGCCGGGCAAGGAUCUUGAUGCUCGUUUGGAGCAGCUGGGGGGAGAGCGCUUUGCAGAUAUCGGGCUCGGUGAUGACCAGGAUGCAGAUGGACCAGACACCGGGUACAAAGUAUGGGAGCCUCUCGUGUGGAAGACGUUCGGCGUCGACAGCAUUGAAGUGAAAGAAGCAGAACCGGACCCGAUCACUAAUGAGCAUAUCAAGGCGGCCUCAGGUUACCUUCGCGGUACGAUUGCUGAGGGUCUCGAAGAUACUAGCUCGGGCGCUCUCGAUCCCAGUGACACCCAACUCACGAAGUUCCACGGUAUCUACCAGCAAGAUGACCGCGACAUCCGUGAUGAGCGUCAAGCUCAAGGCGUCGAACCUGCCUACAGUUUUAUGAUUCGCGUUCGUACGCCCGGUGGUAUGGACCGGAUCGCUGAUGAACAUGGCAAUGGGACGUUCAAGAUCACUACAAGAGCAACAUUCCAGUUCCACGGUCCUUCCAUUCAGGAAAUUAACAAGGUCUUGUUGGACACUUUGGCUGCGUUUCUGCGGCUUGUGGAAUGUUAUCUGUUCCGCUAUUCCUUCUUGUCCCGACUUCAUGCGCAGGUCUACGGCUUCGCGAAGCUUGUCAGUGCUCACUUAUUGCCUAGAACAACAGCAUACCACGAAAUUUGGUUGGACAAGAAAAUGGUUGCCGGCGAGGCUGUCAAGGACUUUGAGCCGCUCUAUGGCGAGUUCUAUCUUCCUCGAAAGUUCAAAGUUGCGGUUGCGGUACCACCCACUAAUGACGUUGAUGUCUUUGCAAACGACCUAGGCUUCAUCGCCAUCGUCGAUGAGCAAGGAGAGUUGGCUGGCUUCAAUGUUACUAUUGGUGGUGGCAUGGGAGUAACCCACGGCAAUAAGAAAACUUACCCUCGAGUUGCGGAUGUAAUCGGUUUCUGUACUGUCCAAGAAGGUCCUAUUGUAGCAGAAAAGGUCGUGCUUACAGCGAGACAACGUCGUAAAAACGCUCGAUUGAAAUACACCAUUGACCGGAUGGGACUGGAUGCAUUCAAAGCAGAGGUUGAGAGUCGACUCGGUUAUCCGUUGGCCCCAGCACGACCAUACACGUUUGACCGUAACAUUGACGACUUUGGCUGGUCAACGGGAGACGAUGGCAGGCACCACGCUAUGCUCUUCAUCGAGAACGGGCGUAUUCAGGACGAGCCCGGCCGCGAUUUUAAAACCGGUCUUCGCGAGAUUGCAAAAAUACACAAGGGCACGUUCCGUCUAACCGCGAACCAGCAUAUUAUGGUCUCAGAAAUCUCUACGGAAGAUGUACCCGAGAUCAAGAGAAUACUCGCCAAGUACAAAUUGGACAACUUGAACCACACUGGUUUGCGGCUGUCGUCAUCGGCUUGUGUGGCGUUCCCGACCUGCGGUCUCGCAAUGGCUGAGUCUGAGCGUUAUCUACCACUGCUUAUUGACAAGGUCGAGAAAAUCUGUGAGGAGAAUGGGCUUCGCAACGAUUCCAUUGUCAUGCGGAUGACUGGUUGUCCCACACGAUUUACCGGGAAAACAGUAUCGGAACCCGAGAUUCUCGCCAUCCUUGAGCCUAUGAUCAAGCGAUAUGCGCUCGAGCGAAACGAGGGCGAACAUUUUGGUGACUUUGUUAUCAGGGCGGGAUAUAUUUCUUUAACGACAUCCGGAAAAAGAGUGUAUCGUGAGGCUGCUGCAGCUGCAUGA